CAAGCCGUUUGAUACAUAUAUGCAUUCCACCACGAUUUCUGACCCCGUUUAGAUUUCAGCGCAAUCACCCUCGCUCUUUCUUACUUGCGCCAUUUGUCCUUUCGUUUUUCAAGACAAGAUUGUUCCAGAAUGCAUCGCUCAAUACAGAGAUGCACGACAUGUCGGGUAUCUGUACUUGAUGCAUUUACUUCUUUAGCAGGGAUCUCGAUACCCGCGUCGGUAUCGUCGACGGGAAGAAACGCACUCAUCUCUCCGAUCGCCAGAUCCAGAUCUGUUCAUGUACCUGUAUCACGACCAUUUCAUCACUUAAUACGUUUGAACCAAUCUCAAUCUCAAUCUCCAUCUCCGCCACAGUCGGAAUCUCAGACGACGGAAAACGAACCAUCUCCAGACCUCAACAAUGAUAUCUCAUCCACAUCCUCAACCUCCUCUUCCAUACCCUGGUAUCUCCAAGUCCCCGACCCAACCCCUCCCAUCACACCCUUGACUCCUCAAGACCUGCUCCGACAAGAAAUCCCGCCCUUGCCCGCAAACCCACCCUCGAUCCUCCCCUCGAUCCUCGACCACCUCUCCACUCACAUCGGUCUUGACGACCUCAUAAUCCUCGAUCUUCGAGACAUGAACCCUCCACCUGCAUUAGGAUCCAAUCUCCUGAUGAUCAUCGGCACCGCACGCAGUGUCAAGCAUUUAAAUGUCUCAGCAGAUCGCUUCUGUCGUUGGGCGAGGAAAGAAUACAAAUUACGACCGUAUGCAGAUGGAUUAUUGGGCCGGAAUGAAUUGAAGUUGAAACUGAGGAGGAAGGCCCGACGGUUGAGACUCGCGCAGAGUGUAGGCAAUACAUUGAUGGAUGGAGAUCAUAGUGCGGAUGAUGGGAUUACAACGGGUUGGAUAUGUGUUAAUAUGGGCCAGGUGGAUGAUGAUAUUGAGGUUACUGGGACCGGGAACGGUGAGGGUGUUGCAGUAUCAUCGGUUGCUCGUGAUGAGAAUGGUCGCCGGGUCCUCGAAGAUGAGAACGAGCAAGAGCUCGAAGAGGAUGAGGAAGAAGAGUAUGAAAACCCGCCAGGUCCCGACUUCGACCUCGACCAAUCAUCAUCCGAAUCCAGCACCCAUAAAUACGCUGGCUUCGGAGACAAAGACUCUUCCACACGAAUCGUGGUUCAGAUGUUCACAGAACUUAAACGCAAUGAAAUGGAUUUGGAGGGAUUAUGGGGUGUGAGGAAUACGAGGCUAGGUUUGAAGUCGAAGAAAGCAGAUGUUGAAUUUGGUGAGGGUGGGAUUUGGGGUGAAGGUGUUGAUGGCGAUGAAGAGGAUGUACAAAAGCCGUUUGAACAUGUGGAACGGAAUUCGAGGAGGCGGAGGAAUAAAAGAUCUACUGGUGCUGAUGUUGCUGCCGCUGUUGAUAAGGCGGAUAUGGAGAGGUCGUGGGAUCAGAGUGCCGGUGUCAAGGGCGAGGAGCGAGUUUGAGUCGAGGUAUACACGAUGAAGAAAGAGGCAAAGGAGACGGGAAAGAUCACUCUUCGUGCAAGAGACAUGGGUGCCGCGAGGUGGUCGAAAUGAUGCUCGCUGGCUAUGUAACAACAGCAUAUUAUCACACUCUGUACAUUUGGGGAAUAGAACCUAGAUUCAUGGUUGG